UUUAAACUAACAAAGGAUAACAGUUUUUAUUCAAGGUAUGGUUGAUGAACGUCUAGAUCUUCUCCUAUUUGGAGCAACAGGGACCACAGGUCUACAUGCUAUUCGAUAUCUUCACAAAUUUGCGAACGAGCAAAAUUUAACCUGGGGUAUUUCUGGACGCUCAGAGGCAAAACUUAAAGCAGUAUUAAAGAAUAUAGGUAUAGAGAUAGGUGAAGAUUUAUCCAAAACCCCAAUCAUACUGGCCGAUAUAAAAGAUCAGGUAUCUUUAAAUAACAUGGCACAAAAAGCAAAAGUCAUCCUAAAUUGCUGUGGACCAUACAGAUUGAUGGGAUUUCAGGUAGUACAAGCUUGCAUUAAAGCUGGAACUCAUCAUUUAGAUGUAAGUGGUGAACCUAGUUUUAUAGAUUCACUUCCAGAAAAAUACGAUGCUGCUGCUAAAGAAAAAGGAAUUUAUAUUGUUAGUGCCUGUGGUGUCGACUGUCUAACCACGGACUUGGGUUCAACGUAUCUACAGCAAAAAUUUGAUGGUGUAUUAAAUUCAGUGGUGGGUUACGUGGAAAUAUGGACUACAGGUAAAAAUAAAGGAUCCGUUUGCGGCUAUGGGACUUGGCAAGGCCUGAUUCAUGGAUGUCAUAAAAUGGGUUCAAUAAGUGAACUGAAGAAAAAGCUGUCUCCACCCUUACAUACUGCGUUUAAACCGGCACUGCCGAGAAAGAUUUUUCCACGCUAUUCACAGAUAACCAAGGGUUGGUUGAUACCCAAGGGACAUGCUAGAAAUAUAAUGUACGAGACUCAAAAAUAUUUAUAUGAAAAGGAAUCUCAAAGACCCGUGCAUGGUGAAGUAAUGAUGUCCAUUCCGAGUAUCUUUAUUUUACUUUUGCUCAGUUUUCCAUUGUUAGUGCUUAUUUUCAUGGUUCAAUUUCGCUGUAUUAGAAAUUUGUUAAUAAAAUAUCCCCACAUCUUUUCUUGUGGGUACGUCAGUAAAGAAGAGCAUCCCUCUGAAGAAUUCAAAGAAGGAAACCACUAUCGCUUAACAUUUUAUGGAGAAGGAUGGAGGGAAAAGUUGGCAAAUGUAGACCAACAGUACACUAUGCCACCUAACAAAAGCAUUUUAGCUCAACUACAAUUUCAAAAUUGCUAUACUUUUACUGUUAUCGGUUUAAUUGGAGCUGGCAUCGUUAUUUUAAAGGAAAAAGACAAAUUGCCACAAAGUGGCGGUGUAUACAGUCCAGGAGCAGCUUUUAGAAAAACCUCCCUAAUGCAAAUGCUGCUAGACAAUGGAACUUCAUUUAAAAUAAAAAGUGUGAAAGACAUAUAAAUUUAAAUAAAAUGUAUAUAUCAGU